UUGAACAACGUUGUUUUGUCAACAAAAAACACACUCAUUCGUCAGUGUUUGUAUCUUGAACAAUCUCUACACGUUCAUGCUCAGAAAUCCACAUAACCAAACAUGAGAAAAGCUUUUCAUUUGCAUUCUCUUUCUGGGAUAGUGGCAUCGCAUAAAACUCUCAGAAAAGUAUUGUAUUUGCAUUCUUUUUCUUCUCCACCUUCUUCUACUUUUCUUGGUCCCAAUCUUCCUGAUGUUUGGGUACCUAGACACAACACUUCCCCCCCUCAUACCCUUUUGCCACAAAGUCUCCAAUGGACUGAUAAUGAUGACCACAGUGCUGCAAUCCUUGAAGGUAAACCAAUUGCUAAUCACAUAAAAUUGAAAGUGGCUGAUGAGAUAAGAAGGAUGAAGAGUGACAUUGGAAAGUUUCCUAAAUUGGCUUUUGUUUUGGUUGGUGAUAGAAGGGAUUCUCACACUUUCAUCCAUCUUAAGUCGAAAGCUUGUGAAAAAGUUGGCAUUGAAACUGUGGUUUCACAGUUGCCAGAAAAUUGCACUGAAAAUGAACUGCUUGAUGUAGUUUCCGGUUUAAAUGAUGACCAGGAUGUGCAUGGAAUUAUUGUGCAACUCCCUCUACCUCAACAUCUUGACGAGGAAAGAAUUAUGAACAUUGUGAGUCCUGAAAAGGAUGUGGAUGGAUUUCAUCCUUUAAAUAUAGGAAAUCUUGCAAGAAGUGGAAGAAAACCCUUCUUUAUCCCUUGUGCAUCGAGGAGCUGCAUUGAGUUGUUACUUAAUCAUGGUAUUGAAAUCAGAGGGAAAAGAGUUGCAAUAAUCGGAAGGGGUAAAAUUGCAGGGUUACCAACUUCAUUGCUAUUGCAGAGGCACCACGCCACGGUCAGCUUGUUACAUGCAUAUACAAAGAAUCCUGAACGAAUAACGUCUGAAGCGGAUAUUGUGGUCACAGAUGUUGGAAUCCCAAACAUAGUUCGUGGUGAUUGGAUAAAGAAAGGAGCUGUCGUCAUUGAUAUGGGAACAAAUCAAGUUAAGGACCCUAGCAGCCAAGUCUUCCGUGUCACUGGAGAUGUUUGCUUUGAAGAGGCAGUCAAAGUGGCAUCAGCCAUUACUCCGGUUCCUGGAGGCAUAGGACCUGUUACAGUAUCGAUGCUUCUCUCCAACACACUUGAUUCUGCAAAACGUGCAUUCGGAAUUGUUUGAAAUAAAUUGAUUGACUUCUCCAUGUCUUUCAUUGAGUGAUGAAGAUGCAUGUUGAUGUUAUGUUAGUGUUUCCUUUAAACAGCUGUUUGCUGAAGCUAACUUGCUAUAAAAUCUGUGACAAUAUGAAGGUGCAAUUUUGGUUAUCUUCUAGUUGAUAAGAUUGUUGUAUAUAAUUUUUUGUAUUCCCCAAAAAAGCCUAUACUUAACAAUUUCUCUAUUUUUUUUAAACAAACCGAACCUAAUGCGUUUCAUUAAUCAACAAAGUCUCUUACAAGGAGGAUUAGACUCAAAAAUACGUCGAGUAAUCCAAAAAAUAGCCGCCCACCCAAGAGUAUGCGCAAUCAUAUU